GUGGCCAUGAGCACAGGCAAGUACGACUUGGCAAGAAGCAAUUGUCACCAUGUGGCGCAGGCUGUGUACAAUGCUUGUGUUCCAGAUUCCCAUGCGCAAUUGCAGGUUCUCGAGAUUCCGAAUGCUCGGUGGGUUCGUGUGGCUGCGAUCGUGAAGCCCUUGAACUAUUUGGGCCUCAACUUGUUGAAUUCCCAUGCGCUCGGGAGUCAGUCUUGCACGUCACAGUCACAAGGAUCUCAGUCGACGCUGGUGUCGGAAUGCACGGGAAGUUCUUUGCAGCACUUCCCUCUACACACAGUUGGUGAGGCAGGCCAUAUGAAUCCCGGUCACCUGAAAGCGGCCUGCUUGGCGAAGUGGAUCUACAGUCCGAAACGAGAGGAGUUGACAGGUUUGGGAGGGUUACUGAACAUCAACUUGCACGUGCUCAGGCAGAUGGGUGAUGAGAAUCCAACACCAGUGCAGUGGGCAGUCCUGGAAGAUGAGGAUGCCUUCUAUGUGACCUUCAAAGGGACCGACAACUUUGUGGAUGUGGUGAUCGAUUUUGAUCUGACUCUCACGGACUUCUGCGACAUGCGGGUUCACAAUGGCAUCUCAGGGGGGUUGCAGCACAAGCCUCCAGAUGGCAAGAGUGUGCUAGAUGAGCUAGAGGAAUGCCUGGGGAGCGUUUCUGUGCAGAACGCGAAGGAGGUGAUUUUGUGUGGCCAUUCGCUUGGGGGAGGCUACGCGAUCCUGGCCGCCCUCUUCUUGCUCUACCGUGGCUUUCACGUCACGCAGGUGGUGACCUUCGGUGCCCCGCAAGUCUUGGUGCCUGACAUGGACAACCCUGGCUGCCGGUGGUUGGACGAGAUCACCACGCUUUAUGUGAAGCUUG